CGCUUUAACCACUGUCCUCAAGUCCAUUGCUUUCGGUUCAGUAUUAAAUCAACGCUCCAAAAUCAAACUAUAUCUUCCGGAGAAGACACCUUUAAGUGUCAUUCUAUUUGACUCAUUACACCUAUAAAUCCUCCUGGCAGAAAGGAUCUCUGCUGUGUUCAGUGUGACAGGUGCAACAGAGACCGACGCGCAAACUCAUGGGCUUUUGGCAUCUUGCGUCGUCCAAUGGCGUCGCGCCUUAAGUUGUGGCUGGCGGGCUUUAGGGUGAUGGUCGGUCACCUGUGCCAAUCGCAGCGCCAGUAGGAGGAGUUCUGGGACUCGGAGGUGUGUCUGAAGAAUGCGAGUCUGCAGCUGCACAGUGUAUCCAACUCGGGGAGUAAUGGCAUGAGUACUGCUUUACACUAUUUAGACGAGCUUUUCAGUGCGUGCGUUGGAAAAUAAUAUUUCGUCAUUUCUGCCUUCGAGUCGGUCCUGAAUUUGGGCCCGAAGAAACGGAGAGGUGAGGUAAGGGACCGUCGGACAAACUGUAAACUUGGCCAAGAGCAACUCAAGUCUCCAAAGUCGCACGCUGAAGAGGCGUGAGACGCAAGCGACUUCAUCCUUUCUGGCUGCUUCAAGGAAGGAUACGCUGCUGGACAUGUGAAUUUUAAAGGAGAUACUUGCUAAGCACAACAAUGAAACCAACGUCCGCCCCGUGUUGCCUCGGCUUUCUUCUGACUUGCCUCUUAUUUGGGUUCAGCACUUCACAAUCAGUAUGUCCCGGCACAGAGAACAAGCUGAGCACGCUGUCGGACCUGGAGCAGCAGUACCGCACUCUGAGGAAAUACUACGAGAACUGCGAAGUCGUGAUGGGCAACCUCGAGAUCACGAGCAUCGACCGCAGCCGCGAUCUCACGUUUCUCAGAUCUAUCCGAGAGGUGACGGGCUACGUGUUGGUGGCUCUCAACCAGUUUGACUACCUGCCUCUGGAGAACUUGAGGAUCAUCCGUGGAAACAAACUGUACGAGGACCGCUACUCCCUCGCGAUCUUCCUCAACUACAGACGUGAUGGAAACUUCGGCCUGCGCCAGUUGGGUUUAAAAAACCUCACAGAGAUUCUGAGUGGAGGCGUGUACGUUGACCAGAACAAGUUCCUGUGCCAUGCAGACACCAUCCACUGGCAGGACAUUGUCAAGAACCCACGGAUCCACCCUUUGGUGGUUCCCACCAACAGCAGUGUCACAUGUCAAAAGUGCCAUCGUUCCUGUAAUGGCCGUUGCUGGGGAACCAAAGAGGACCAGUGUCAAAGCCUAACUAAGACGGUGUGUGCGGAGCAGUGCGACGGCCGGUGCUUCGGCCCCUACGUUAGUGACUGCUGCCACCGUGAGUGUGCAGGUGGCUGCUAUGGCCCAAAGGACACAGACUGCUUUGCCUGCACCAACUUCAAUGACAGCGGGGCAUGUGUGACCCAGUGCCCCCAGCCAUUUGUUUACAACCCUACCACCUUCCAGCUGGAGCACAACCCCAGAGCAAAGUAUACCUAUGGAGCCUUCUGUGUCAAAAAGUGUCCUCAUAACUUUGUGGUGGACCACAGCUCCUGUGUGAGAGCGUGCCCCAGUAACAAGAUGGAGGUGGAGGAGAACCGCAUCAAGAUGUGCAUCCCCUGUACUGACAUCUGCCCAAAGGCAUGUGAUGGAAUAGGCACAGCCAGCCUACAGGCGGCUCAGACAGUGGACUCCAGCAACAUUGACAAGUUCGUCAACUGUACCAAAAUCAAUGGCAACCUGGUGUUCCUCAUCACCGGAAUCAAAGGAGACGUCUAUCAUAACAUUGAAGCUUUGGAUCCAGAAAAACUCAACGUAUUCCGCACAGUUCGGGAGAUCACAGGCUUUCUUAACAUCCAGUCUUGGCCUGACAACGUGACAGACUUGAGUGUUUUCUCCAACCUGGCAACUAUUGGGGGACGAGCGCUGUACAGUGGGAUCUCCCUGCUGGUGUUGAAGCAGCAGGGCAUCUCAUCGCUGCACCUUCAGUCUCUGAGAGAAAUCAGCGCGGGGAACGUCCACAUCGCGGAGAACAGCCAGCUCUGCUACUACAACACAGUCAACUGGACACGGCUGUUCCGCGCCGCUAACCAGAAGGUCCUGAUCCGCAGCAACCGAAGCCCACAGGAGUGCUCCAGGGAGCGCAUGGUGUGUGACCCGCUGUGCUCAGACGCCGGGUGCUGGGGUCCCGGCCCGGACCAGUGUCUGUCCUGUCGAUACUUCAGCCGUGGGCGAACCUGCGUGGACACCUGCAACCUCUACGAAGGGGAUAUCCGAGAGUACGCCAAUGGGUCAGUGUGCGUGGAGUGUGACGCCCAGUGUGAGCGAGCCGACGACGACUCUCUGACCUGCCACGGCCCGGGCCCGGAGCAUUGUGUGCGAUGCCUCCAUUUCAAGGACGGUCCAAACUGCGUGGAGAAGUGUCCCGACGGCGUGCAAGGUGCCAACGGCUUCAUCUUCAAGUACGCCGAAGCCAACAACGAGUGUCACCCCUGCCAUGCCAACUGCACCCAGGGGUGCAUUGGGCCAAGACUUCAAGACUGCAUUGGCUGGAUGGACAGGACGCCCCUGAUUGCAGCAGGGGUGAUCGGCGGCCUCUUCAUGGUGGUGAUCAUGGUGCUGAGCGUCGCCGUGUCCGUGCGUCGCAAGAACAUUAAGAAGAAGAGGGCCCUUCGUCGCUUCCUGGAGACGGAGUUGGUGGAGCCUUUAACACCCAGCGGAACUGCACCCAAUCAAGCCCAACUUCGCAUCCUGAAAGAAACAGAACUCAAAAGAGUGAAGAUCCUCGGAUCUGGGGCCUUCGGGACUGUCUACAAGGGUAUUUGGGUCCCAGAGGGUGAAACAGUGAAAAUUCCUGUAGCCAUUAAAAUCCUAAAUGAAGCCACCGGACCCAAGGCUAACGUGGAGUUCAUGGACGAGGCUCUAAUAAUGGCAAGCAUGGAACACCCCCACCUGGUCCGGCUGCUGGGCGUCUGCCUGAGUCCCACCAUCCAGCUGGUCACGCAACUGAUGCCUCACGGGUGCCUGCUCGACUAUGUCCACGAGCACAAGGACAACAUUGGAUCGCAGCUGUUGCUCAACUGGUGUGUCCAGAUUGCCAAGGGCAUGAUGUAUUUGGAGGAGCGAAGGUUGGUCCACAGGGAUCUGGCAGCCAGAAAUGUUCUGGUCAAAUCUCCAACGCACAUCAAGAUCACAGACUUCGGCCUGUCUCGCCUGCUGGACGUCAAUGAGAAAGAAUAUAAUGCUGAUGGAGGAAAGAUGCCCAUCAAGUGGAUGGCACUGGAGUGUAUCCAUUACAGGAAGUUCACUCAUCAGAGUGACGUCUGGAGUUACGGCGUAACCAUCUGGGAGCUGAUGACCUUUGGAGGGAAGCCAUAUGAUGGGAUUUCCACCAGAGACAUCCCAGAUCUGCUAGAGAAAGGAGAGCGCCUCCCUCAGCCGCCCAUCUGCACCAUCGACGUCUACAUGGUCAUGGUCAAGUGCUGGAUGAUUGAUGCCGACAGUCGACCCAAGUUCAAGGAGCUGGCGGCAGAGUUCACUCGGAUGGCUCGGGACCCUCAGAGAUACCUGGUCAUCCAGGGGGACGAUCACAUGAAGCUGCCCAGUCCCAACGACGGUAAGCUGUUCCAUAGCCUCCUGGAUGAAGAGGAGCUGGAGGACCUGAUGGAUGCUGAGGAGUACCUGGUACCCCACGGCUUCAACAUCCCACCGUUGGCAUACACUCCCCGCACACGCAUGGACUCCAGCAAGAGCCAGUUUGGCUGCCAGGAGCCAAGUUUCAGCAUGGAAGACAUGCUGGCCACCCUCCCCAGAGUGGUCUCUGUUCCACCCGUGUCUGGAGCCUGCCUCCCUCCACAGGACCUCGCCACGGGUGGGCAGAUCGGUGGUGGUGGGUUUGGCCGUGGCAACCAGGACGACCCCCGCUGUAAUGGCACCCUGAGGAAGCAGGCCUCCCCGAGGUCCGGCACUCUCAUAGCUGGCUCAUCUCUCACCGGAGGACAAGGAGGGGGAGAGGACAGCAGUGGACAGCGUUACAGCGCCGAUCCAACCGGUCUUUUGGCAGAAAGAGUAGCAAAAGGAGACAAGGACCAGGAAGGAUACAUGACAGCCAUGAGAGACAAGAACAACUCAGAUUAUCUCAAUCCUGUUGAGGAAAACCCCUUCGUCACACGUCGCAGGAAUGGUGACGCCCACACAGUAAUUGAUGGGGCGAGCUGUCACACUCUGCACUUGGCUGGAGCUGGUGCUGCCCCUAAAAGCCAGUCCGGCCACGGCGAUGAUGACUACAUCAACGAGCCACUGUACCUGAAUACCUUCCUCAAUCCUGGGGACAAGAACGGAUUGGCCGGCACAGUCUCCAUCCCUGGCCCGUCGUCCUCCGCUGCGCAAUCAGUACUGCAGACAGUCAACCCAUCAACGUCAAGCCACGCCGUUUCCUCAACUGGAUAUGUGGUACCCCCCGGCCACCUCCCCCACCCCUCGUAUCCAUCGCACACUCUGCAUCCAGGGCAUUCAGGACACGCUCUGCACUCAGGCAUCGCCAGCAGCACCAUUAUGUUUGAUAAGAAAGGCAAGAAAGCCACUUUUGACAAUCCUGAAUACUGGCAGCACAGUCUCCCCCCCAAGUCCUCACUGCACAACCCUGAGUACCUGCAGGACUGCAGCACACGCUUCUUCUACCGCCAGAAUGGACGCAUUCGCCCUGCUGUGGCCGAAAACCAGGAAUACUUGUCCGAGGCCGCUAUGAAAGCCGGCAAUGUUUUGCCACCCCCUCCAUACAGACAGAGGAACACUGUGGUGUAGUGACCCACCUGUAGCACACCAGAGGGGUAAAAAGAGGGAUACGGGCGGGGGUGAAUGGACGCCAAACAGUCCUCUCUUUUCCAUGAAGUAUUCUCAACCUGGAUUCACCUUGCACCUUCGAUGGACACUUCUCUUUGUCAUGUCUGAUUGCAAAUCGUGUACUCUCUAAGGUUCUGCUUUUUCAUGUCAGAACUACUGUCAGUGACAGCCUCAUCUGAUACUCAGACCAUCUUUCGUAUCUCCAUCCUUGGCCAUGACCCACAAAGCAAGUACAGACAACUCGUGGAGAUUGGUUCUGUCUGGAGGAAAUAUAGCAGAAAGGCAUAUGAACAACACAAUCAAAGAAAAGAGGUGUUUAAUAAGGGUUAAGGAGAUAUAAACUGAGGUUAGCCGGGAGGUAAUAUAUCAUUUUGACCUUGCAUACUUGUCUUUAUACAUCUAUGAAUCACUCCUCACCAUCUCCUUUUAGCACAUUUUCCAUCCAGCUAGAUGUACACAUUGUGACAUUCACAAAUUGCUGUUGCCUGGGAGCAGUCAGUCCAGUGACACGUGCCCAUGAAGUUGUGUUGUGACUUACCAGCAAAUCUGCUAAAAAGCCCAAAUGUGGCUUUCGCGCCGUCCAACAGUCUUCUUCGACGACAUGUUGCAGUACCUGUACCGCUAUUCAAACACUGAUUACCCCCAGCUCAUAUCGUACCUAAAACAGUAAUAACCAUACAUUAAUGUGUACGUUAAUACACACUCUGACAGAGGGGCCUGCUGCCACUUGAAAUGUAUUUUGGAAGAGAAGCUCAGUCGACCUUGUGCUGAGAAAGACUGUGCCAAUAAUGCCAGUCAGAUGUGCGGUGCAGGAAAGGGUCAACAGGAAAGUAAAUGUCAUCACCGCUGUGAUAAUGCCCAGUACCUGGUUGAAAGCAUUUGACAGAUUAUUGGAAUGGCUAGGUCGGGAUUUAAAAGGUCGAUCACUCUGAGGAUGACCCUUUAAUUCCCACGUUGGUUUUCCAUCCUUUCCCCAUCUUCACCAUUGCAGUCAGAAGAGCCAGCAAACCAGUCAGUUUAAUACUUGUGACUGACGCAACCGAGGCUCCCGUUCCGUUGACUCCUGGGAACGUGAUUGUGGAGAACAUUUCAUCAAAAGAUGAAAUGUCAGAAUCUCUGUCGGAGCAUAGUUCUUGUUCUUUUUAAUCAGGGAUGUGUUUACUUUGUUUCCUUGUUUUAGACUACUUUUGACUCCUGAAGAACGGGAUAAACAGCACAGACACCCAGCAACAAAAGAGCACUGUGGAGAUGGUAAAGAGGCUGUAAAUAAGCCAAUUACAUGUCAUUACCAGACAGACACAAUUGUGGGAAAAAAGGCUCAGUGGACCAAGCUUUGUCUGAAAAGAUGCUAAAGAACAUCAAAGACAAGUGUACAUUUUUUUUUUCCAAGAUAUUUUGCAUAAAAUUCCCUUUGACCACAUAGUCACGAUCUGUUCUGUCUCUUAGAGUUGAGGCUGAUCAGGCAGAGGAACUGUCAAAACUCUCAGAAGAGGCCUCCUCCACAUUUUCACCGCGGAACACUAAGUGAAAAUGGGACACUUUCUUUUGUAUCGUUGUUUGACAUUAUCGAUGCGUCAUCACAACUUAUUGCUGAAUCUACUGAUGGCUAGCUGUCUGUGCUCGUACACUACUGCCACAUUAAACCCUGAUUGAGCAUCUGUUGUCAAAUGACUUUGAAGCCUAAUGUAGGCCGGGGUUAAUCAUUUAAUAGCACUUAAUGCUCUGGCACAGCCAAAUGACUUUGCUGUUAUUCUCGCUCUAAGUGACAAUUGAUAUUUAUGUUAUUUUUUUUUAUUAUUUUUUUUUUUUUUACAUCAUAUUGCAACUCUAAUUUCCAAUAAGGCAACACGUAGUUUCUUAAGCAUUUUAUUUACAAUUGAGCAUCACCGUUGUCUAAAGAUUAAUAUCAUAAUAAUAAUAAGGGGUUGGGGUUACGCAUAGUGAUAGACCCAGGUGUACUUACUGUAGAGAGUGCAGGCAAUAUUUCAUUGACACUAUGCGGACUGUUUCUGCAUGAAACUCAUUGGAUUAUAGGGGUAUUCAAGUAACUUUGUAAAGUUGGAUGAUGCACACGAGACAGAUGAAGAAAGAAUAGUCAAGAUUAAAGCAACAGAAUUCUCACCGGAUCCCACUUAUCCCCCAAUGCUUUCUCAAACUGUGCAUGUCCAUUGUAUUGCAGGGUUUUCCUAUUAAUUUAAAGGAAACCUCCACACUAAUGGGUGUUUGGGUAUGUUUUAAAAUGCAUAACUUUAGCUUUGUUUACACCGAGAAUUUGAUAUUAGACUUCUGGAAACGACGCUGACACUGAUGUUCAGUUUCAGAUUUCAGUGAUUUUUCGGGCCGCUAUCACAUGACCCUUUUCCAGAACAAAACAACAACACCUUUGACUAAUGUCCUGCCAUGGUUUAUACUUCUGCAGCAGAUCUAUGCAGAGACUACACUGUAGCUUUGUUGAGUAAUUACACUACUAAAACGCUUGUCAGCUGCAAGUCCAGGUGUAUUAUGUGAAGAAGUUAAUGUAGGAGUUGGAGGUUACUUAAGUCACUAGCCUGCCAUAUUACUAGACUCAAUUCUUAUCUGAAUAUGAGUCUGGUAAUACUCCAUUUGGAUUUGGGGCAUGUUUCAACAAAUACAGAAGAAAUAAAAUACCUCUGCAUGCAUUUGGAUAGUCCUACACAACCAACCAGAGCUAUUUUGACAAUGGAGAACACAUCUGGUAUAUGGUGUGUGUGGAAGGCAGAAGGAGGAUGACUUUUCUGAGUUUAUCUUAGAAAUAGAAAUUUGUUGAUCAUAAUUGUUGUGAUCUGCGUUGCUGCAAUGUGUAGUUGCAUUUUUGAGGAGGUGUUCAUCAGGCUACAACCUAGAUGUGUUCCACAAGUGUAAAGUGAGUCAUGCUGCAGAUGCAUCAUUUUCAUUUUGGCCUCUUUAUUUCAUGCCAUGUAGUCUCUACAUGGCGAAAGUUGCCUGUGGACGCAACAUGCCUGGUCUGAAAGAGCGGUUUGUAUUUUCAGGAGUGAAACAGCACUAAAGUGGUAGUUAUUAAAUUAAAUUUAAACUUAUCAGUGUGGGCCUAGUCUGGGUCUUGAGCAAUACAAUGCUCAAUUACAUGAGUAAAAAUGGUUGGCUGUCCACUUUAACCAAAAAAAAAAAAAAAAAGAAAAACAGGUGGAGACUGCUUAACCCCUGCUUAUGUCUUUCUACUGAUAUACAUACUGAUCAAGCACUGUUACACAACCAUGUGCCUCUACAGUUGAGAUUCAAAAGAGCAGCGGUGAUUAUUUACUGUCCAAAACACAGAUGCUGCGCCGUGCUUCUCCGCCUCUCAGGUUUUAUGGGAAAUAAUAAUCAUACAGUUGAGCUCCAGCUGAGGCUCAAGUUGCCACAUCAUAAAGGAGGCAUCAAAACCACUGAAAUAAAAGUAUAAUGGAAGAUAGAUUAGUGCCAUAAUACUGUAGUAGAUGCACUGACGACAUGUGCAACUAAACACAAAUGUGAAUUUUAUAGCAAAAUUUGUCUGUGUUACAACCACGCUGGCAUUGGUUUCUUUCUUAUUUACCUGUAUUUGAUCUGCUGUCUUACAUUUUCUUCAGAUUUACUAGUUUUAAUAUACACAUACUGUAUAUACACACACACAUUAUUUGAGUAAAUCCGUGGAGGGGAAUUGUUCCUUCUAUGUUUUUACAAUUGAAGGCUGAAGGUCAGUUAUGUAUGCCUUUUUUUUUGUGUCAUUAAACAUAUAGUGUUUGUAGACUACUUUAUGGCCGUGUAUCUAAGGGCAACAGGAGUCACCAUAAAGCUUUCUAAUGGAUCUCUAUGGAAAACUAAAGCCAAUCUUCUGGAGGAGAAAACGUGCUGGUGCUCUCCGCCUGCAACCAUCACAAGGGGCUUUUAGCUUUUUGAAUGCUAAUUCAUCCACUUUCCUCUCUUGUUCUGGGGGGAAAUCAUGUUACCCAACAUCUCACCCGGAGCACAUGCUGCGAAACCCUGAGCGACAGGCAAUAGGUUGUAAUCCUGCAGCGAGGUUUAAACUAAGGUAUUAGCAUUCAAGAAAUGUUACCCAACCAAUGCAUCAAUGCUACAAAAGCUUGGAAGGAGGAGUGCACUGUAACUGGCAGAGGAGACCACGUUGAAUUGCUGUCCUUUCUUUCUCCUCAGAGGUGACUGUAGAAUUGUACGUAGCAAACACUGUUCUGCAGCUGAAGCUGUGAAAAUCAGCUGUGUGUAGGGUGAAUACAGCCAUAAAAGCCUAGGUAAGAAAUCGAUUACACUCAAAUGGUGACAAGAGUCAUUGCUUAAAAGCUGUUAUGUUUGGGAAGGCUCAUAGGUACAAUACGACAGUUAGCUAAAGGCGCACAAUCCCGAUACCUGCUCAUGCAUUAAAUUGGACUUGUAUUAACAGUUAUGUUUAUUUUAUAAAUCUGGAUUUAUUUCUUAACAAGCAGCUUCACCAUCUCAUGUCUGUUACGUUCUCCAAUGAAUAUGAAGAGAUUUCUAGUUGUCUGAGACAAAGACCAAAACUGCUGUGUUCAGGUGAACCUAAUCGACUCAUUGGAUUGAAACUGGUUGAACAUGACUAGAAUAAAUUCCCAAAUAACUUUCCAUUUGUAAACCCAUGUGAUUAUAAGGAAUAAACAAUUGCAGAAUUUAAUUUUCUAAUUUUAUGAGUUGGCCAACGUUGCCUGACCACUCAGGUUAUAAGUGGACUUUUGGAAAAGGAGCUUUUUCAUAGUUCCUAUAUAUGUAGGAACCGAGACGGGUCAUAGUUCUUUAAAACCGGUUUUUAGGGUCAGAUUUAGGUGCUACAAGUUAGGUACUUUCUCAGCAAAAUAUGAACUUUUAGCAGAGUAGUGUUCGUUGAUUGGUACAAAACAUGAAUGCAGGAUCGGCAACUGUUUAAAAGAAAAAAAAUUUGGUAAAUAUUAGAGGUCAAAUUAUAUGGAACCUACUGCAUUGGUGACAUUCUCGUAUUGUAUACGUUAUCCAGAACUAAUCACUGGCUAAUCCGGUUUCCUCUUUGCUACCAUCAGAGAGACCCUAGAACUGUUUUGUCGGAAAGUGCUUCUCGAAUGAUGAACCAGUUAGAUCCUCCAAAUCAAAAGCCACCUCACUUUUUUUCAGUCUUUUGUUGGACCUUUGAAGUGGGCCACGUCUUCUCUUUCCGUUAAGACCUAUCCGGCCCAGAAACGAGGGCUUCGGAGGGUCCAACUCCCGAACUGGGACAGAGUGACUGUAUUUAUAGUUUGGGCUCUAUUUAUAUUUUCUGUGCUUUGAUUAUUUGUAUCAUGAUGCCAUUCUUCACAGCCUAAGUACAUUCAUUCCACCUGAUCGAAGUGGUCCCAGGGUCCACACUGACACACACUACACUUCACACAAUUAAUAAUAAAAUGUUUUUUGUUCAGUGAAGCAUCAAGCAAAUCAGCAGCUGCUAAACACGUAUUCUACCAUUGUAAUAGAAUCAAACUGUGUAUGGCUGCCGUGUUGUGAUAUUACACCGAUUCAUGAAUAUGUAAAUGAUACCAUGUCACGAUUAGUGGGGUAGGAGACAGUGGUUAGGCAAGCACACUUUACAGUGGAUUGAACUGGUGGUAAAACUGUAAAAUGGAAUAAAUAGCUGUCUUUUGACAAAUGAUGUGUUGCUCAGCAGUUUUACCAUAGUUAAAAUAAUAAUAAUAAAAAAUAAUCGGAUAAUAUUUUUAUAGGCAGGAGGAAGGUGGCCAGGUGCAUCUGUAAAUAGAACAAUGAUGCUCUUUUUCAGCUGAAGAUUUUUGUUUUUUAUUUCUCUGUGCAUCAUUGCAAUUUUAGUGGUCAACUGUAUCUUUUAUUUUCUUUGGGGAAUAUCUUUUCUGUAUGUAUAUAAAUAUAUAUACAGUAUAUAUAUAUUCUGUAAAUGUAAUUUGAAGAGUGAACUCUGACUUUAAAAACGCUUGCAGGGUCUUCUUGUCACCUCCCUCCCCACCCGAUCAUUUCCCCUGUGAUUGUGUGAUAGUGUAUCAGCACAACUUGGUGGAUUUUGUGUUUCAACCUCUGCUCUUGCUCACUUUGUAGGAGUUUUCCCUUCGGUUUUUAUUACUGCGUGAAUUAUAACCACACUACCCUCCACUCUUCUCUCAGUAUUAUCCACUUCUUGAGUUUUUUUUUAAGAUUUUGUACACUCUUAAAAUGCUGUUGCAAUACUAUAUAUAUAUUCAAUGUGACAUCCCCCCUUUUUUCAGAGUCUUUUCCUAACAAAUGUUAUUAAUCCAUUAGUGUCACUUUACAUACAGAAUCUUGAGGACUAUAUUUUCUUGCGUAUUCUCAUUUCCAUUUGCACUGAUCUCAGUCAUUGUUUACUUUCCUCCAUUUGGAUCAAUACUGAUUGAACGGUGUCACAAUCCCAUGUUGCAGCCCCCAGAGUGAUUUAAUAAUAUUUUGGGAAACAAAAUGGAAGACACUUUUCACGGCCUGGACUGAUCAUCUAGGUCACUGAUGUUUGCUUGUGCAGAUAGGUUAGCAAUUACUACACACUGGGACGUUUCCACAAGUCCCAAGGUUCUUCACAGGAAGCUAUUUUCAUUUCACUUGAUCUUUAUUGGACUUAUGGGGAGUUGGGCCCAAUUGUCACCUUACGUAAUAUUUGAUGUGAAUGCUGCCACCAGAAUCACUGUGUUGAUCUGUUUUCAUUGUGGCUUUGUAGCAAAUGUGUCAGUAGCAAUCAAACUGUGUGGCGGACGUCAAGAGAUGCCCGAGAACUGGAGCUGUUUGUUAAAUUUCACAUAUGGGCUCACAAUUUGACAAUUGGAAUAUAACUGUCAGUUCCAUUACACAUUUCAUUUGUAGAAGACUCAAGCACAAUUUGUUUUAUUUAUGCAGAAAGUGGGCUGUUUCUGGUAAAACUGUAUAGUUUACUAAUGAUGGUUACUGAGAUUCAAACGACAGAAUUUAAGAGUUAAAAAUGACUUCAAUGUUUGUCAUAUUUUUUUUAUAUAUAUAUAUAUAUUCACACUAAAUCCCCACAAUACUGUAGGUCUAUUUAUACACUUAUUAUUAAGAAGUGUAUUGGCGUUUGCAUUUGAUGGUUUCGGUGGCAAUCCUGUCAAUUUACAAUAUCCAGCAUUUAAAUACUGUAUAUAAAUGGGGUCGGUUUGGCAAAGCUCCUCAAAAGUCAUUCAAACUGUCUUAAAGAUCUUUUUUUUUUUCUAUUGUGAAUUCAUCAUAAAUCAUAAUUUCUUCUUACUGAUACAUUAGAAUGAUUGAAAAGUUUUAUAGGCUGCGCUUUGUCACAUAUUACCAGUUUUACAUGUGUUCCUUUUCACGGGGUAAUUGACACAUUUCCCAAGCGAUAACAUUUAAAUACAUAUUCCCUCUGUUUUGUUACAUGAAUCUGUCAAAACUAUAUUUUUAAUUCAAUAUGAAUAAAGAUCAGUCAAUAUUUAAA